CUCCACACAAGUCCCAUUCAUGCGCAGUUGGAAUGAUCAACGCGUGAGAGUCUUUCAAGGCUUCAGGGUAUUGAGAAUGCCCUAUAAACAAGGCGAGGAUAAACGUCGUCACUUCUCCAUGUACAUCUUCUUGCCGGAAGCCAAGGACGGGCUUCCAUCUUUGAUGCAUAAGGUCUAUUCUGAGUAUGGGCUAUCGGACGAAUUCCAGCGUUUCCUUCCCACAUAUCCCGUUGAAGUGGGCGACUUUCGUAUCCCAAAAUUCAAAAUAUCCUAUGGGUUUGAUGUCUCAAAGAUUCUAAAGGAGCUUGGGGUGGUGUGUCCUUUUGGUGGAGAAGAGGGUAUCACUGAGAUGGUUGAGAGUAAACUCCAUGUUUCAAAAAUAAUACAAAAAUCUUUUGUUGAGGUGAAUGAGGAAGGCACAGAAGCUGCUGCUGCCACAGUGGUUGUUGUUGGAAUGUCUGCCUCUGCCGGCGCCAUGGAGAGAGUAGUUAAGGUGGAUUUUGUAGCUGAUCAUCCAUUUCUCUAUUUCAUCCGAGAAGAUUUGUCCGGGACCAUUGUCUUGGUCGGGACUGUGAUUAAUCCUCUUGAAUAAUCAUCCAGGCCAGAUUUUUUUAGUAGACUAGCUAGCAUACUAGGUAGUAUUUAUGGUUAUUUAAAUUAAGAGCGCAUGGAAACAUACUUUUCUCCGUAGAUGAAUGUUUAUCGUUUAAUGUUAAGUUUUUAUUAGAUUGAUGUUUCUUAAGAAUAUUUUGAUGGGAAUGAAAUCAUUUAAUGGAU